AUGACUUCUCAGCCUACUUCACAAGUUUCAAACUUAAACAAUAAAACAAAUUUUUCUGCGACAACCUCUUCCAGACAACAAGUCAGUAACAGUAGAGGUAACCCUCAACUGCAGGAGGAAUGGUGUGACGAAGACGGAGAGUUCGAGCUUGAAGAGGAUGAUAUUAAUCAAACCGAACAAUCUAUUGAUGUAAAGCAAGGAUCUUCUGGAUCAAUAGCACAUAAUGUUGAUGAUAAUGAGGGUGAUAAUACUUUUUCGAAUCAAAAACAGUCUCUCAUAGACUAUAACAAUUCUCACAAAGCAGACGAUGCUAAAUCACUGAAUAACCAAGUUAGUUUAUCACCAUCUCCUUUAUCACAAAAUGCCGAUGCAAAUGAAAAUGAUAAUUUCCAGAAAACUAAAUAUGGCCGUAAAGUUCAAAGGCCAGUUUUAUUUACUCCAGAGACUAAGAAAUCACAAUCCGACACUAAAAAAAGAUCAUCAACUAAUAAAUCAUCUGGAAAGAGACCACGACGAUUGUCCAGCGUGUCGCAUAAUCUAACAUCACCAAAUUCACAACAAUGUACCCCGCAAUCCGUAUCGUCUCCAAAAUUAUCUCAAAAUGUAUCGCAUAACAAUUUACCGGAGGUUAAGAUAAAUAUUGAACAAGAGUUGGAUCAAGCCGUUGCUGAUGAUGUUGUUUGUAUUCUUUGUCAUGAUGGUAGUUCACCUAAGCUUAAUAGGAUAGUCUUGUGUGACAAAUGUGAUACUCCUUAUCAUCAACAGUGUCAUAAACCAUCGGUCGAGGACCGCGUGGUCGAAAUAUCCGAUGCCGAAUGGAUAUGUUCAAAAUGUGACGAUUUACGCGAACGCAAGCGUAGAAAGGUUGAUGUUACAUCUGUCAUUGGUUUAAAUCCCAGCGUUUCUUCUCGUUACUCGAGAGAAAUUUCAGGUGAUGGAUUAACGGAAGAACAGAAAAUAGCAUAUUUGUCCUCUUUGCCACAACGAGUAUUGAUUGAUUUGAUACUCAUUGCUGAAAAAUUACAUCCUGAUCUUCCCCUUUAUCCUGCCGAUGUAAAAGAAAAGGUCGCGAAUAAUGCUUAUUCUAUGAGCGAUCGUUCUCGUUCAACAAGUAAUGAUCCUCGCGUUUUAGCUAUAUCUACGUCUUUGCCACAUCAAUCUUUUAUGUCACAGAUAUCUAUUCCGCAACAACAACUGCAACAAUCAUCGCUACAACCGCUGCAAAACUAUCAACCUUCUUCUAUUAAUAAUAAUAAUCUAUCAAGGGCUCAUUUACCAGCUGUUGGUAUUGAUCUUCCUUCAUAUGAAGAAAUGAUCGUACAAGCACUAGCAUCAAUCGCAAAUCCAGACGGAAGUGCUCCUCGAAACAUUUUUGAUUGGAUGAAUAGUACGUAUCCUCUUCAUAAAAAUUUUCGCGCUUCAGCUUCCCAAGCUUUACAAAAAGCCGUGAAGAAAGGUCGCGUGUAUAGAAUUGGAACCGUAUACAAAAAUAAUCCCACCUAUCGACCUGCUAAGACAGAUAGUCAUAAUGGUCAGGACGGUAUAUAUGAGAUAGCUGUGAGAUUGGGUGAUAAUGAGAAUUUCCCUUCUGUUCAUGAUAUGGAAGAACGAAAUCCAAGCCUUACGUCAUCGGCUUUAUCUAGUCCACCUCCAAAUGCCAUUUCUAAUGGUCACACGACAGUGACUUCACCUGAAGCGCAUUCACCAUUGGAUGAGAUGCCAAAUAAGGUCGUUUCUGUCAUGAUCAAUGAACCUUCAUCAUCAUUGGGUUCAAUCAUUUCCAAUCAAUCUAUAAUAUCACCAAUAAUUGGUAGAAUCGCGUCAUUAUCUUCCACAAUAAAUAACCAACCCGACUUGCCUUCAACAUUACUGCCACCCCCUGUACAACCGACAUUGCCUUCUUUGAGCUCGGUCGGUCCGUACUUUGGUUAUGGUGGAAAUAAGCAAAAUCCAAUGUAUUCUACAUUUUCUUUCACCCCACCACCAACGGGUGGGUACAAUACCGGACUCCCAUCUUUACAUAGCACCUCUUUAUCACGAGAUCAUGAGAAGGUUCAAGGAUCUGGAACUUCUAGUUCACCAACGGGAGCAACGCACCUUCAAUAA